AUGGCUUGCUGCCAUCACGAAGGCAAAUACAGUAUUUUCUACGGAAAGCGUCCUAUCUACCAGCAUCUUUGUUCAUGGUUGCGACGAAGGCCAAUUCUCAAGACUUGCACCUCUUACUACAAGCGAUCUCUACAUCAAUCCUUCCCUGGAAACGCAGCCUCCAUCGUCGUGGCAAGCAACACUGCUUCAGCACCAACCGGCAAUGGCAACAACCUCCCUAACAUCUCUCAGCAGUCCACCACCACCGGUGGCCCGCUUGGCGGCACCCCCAACCCAGGCCUCUACGCGCCACCCCUCCACAGCGGCGGUGAGUCAGACGACUCUCUCCUUACCAUCAUCGAUCGGCUCAUGAACCCUCCCGACUACAUCUACUCCAACUGCGGCCACAAGCCUACAGCAAAACCGUUUCUCAUGGCGUUUCUUCAUCUACCAAGUUCCAAGAUGCUAGCGCAAGGUCUAGUCGGGAGUACCGCCAAGUUCCGGUCAACCUUCCUCCUUCUCGUACAUAUCAUUACCCAGCAGUGA